GGAUGCCGUGAUUUGACAUCAAUGUCAACAUGUUUAUAAUUUAGAUUAUAAGAAACAGGACUGAAAUUUGAAAUAUAAUAUUAUAUAUUAUAUUAUAUAAUAUUAAUCGUUUAAUUGUUUUGUAAAAACCAAAAAAAUGCCUUAUUCCGUUAACAUAUCCGUGGAAGCUCCCAUUGAAAAUCAAAUUCAAGAAAUUACAUACGAUGGAACUGAAAUUUACCAACCACCUCUCACGUUAACAGAGAGUUUGGCAAAGUAUGCUCAAAAAAUUGACUUCAGUAAGCUCAAUGAGAUCGAGGUUAAAAAAGAGAGUCCCGAUUCAAAUGAUGAAGCGAAAUCAGAUUCAGACAGUAAAGAUGCAAUUCAAUCGAGUUUGUGGCCUUGGGAUGCUGUUCGUAAUAAACUAAGAAGUGCUUUAACAGAGGUAUGUGUUCUUGCUGACGUUUUAGCUAUUGCUAAAGACAAGAAAUACAUGGUACUUGAUCCUGUUCAACAAGAACCUUUGGAAACAAAAUCAAUGGCACAGAUAUAUGCUAGGAAAAAAGCUUUAUCUGGUGCAGCAAAUGUUCUACUUACUGGGGCUGAGCGACUCAAGACUAGUCAAACGGAAGCUGCUAGGAAUAGAACUACACCAGAUUUUCAUAUUGAAUUAUUGAAGUUAAGACAGAAUUGGAGACUGAAGAAAGUUUCUAACACAAUUAUUGGAGAUCUCAGUUAUAGAACAGCAGGUUCUAAAUAUAUUCAGACUGGCACUUUUGAAGUUACUAAAGCAGAAGAAGAUGAUAAACCAGUAACUCCUCCUAGUAGCCCUGGUCCAAUUGUACCAAAGGCAAACUCAGCUCUUAGGGUAUCUAUCCCAUCAGAGCUGCAGGGUAUUGCCUACAUUGAAGUGAUUUGUCAAAAAGGUCAAGAAAACUUAUGCAGUUCAAACAUAAAUUUACUUGGAUCCGGAUCACCAUCAUCUCACCCAGAUAUGCAUUGGCAACAAAAGUUAGAAGCUGCUCAAAAUGUUCUUUUCUGUAAAGAAUUAUUCAAUCAAUUAGCAAAAGAGGCUGUUCAGCUGCAGGCUCCCAUUCCUCACAUGGUUGUAGGAAAUCAAAUAAUGGCUACUGUUUUACCUGGUAUUCAACUCAUUAUAGGACUUCGUCAUUCAACUUCAGGUGAAAGGAAACCAACUAGCUCUAGCAAGAUGGAACAUGAUCAUGUAUUAGAACACUCUUUGCAUCAACUAUUGAGAGAAGUUCAUCAUAAAAACACUCAUCACCCAUUUCCUCAUCCGGCUACCGGACCUUUGGGACCAUCUAAGAAAAGAAUGUGUGCUGGUCCAAUGGCUGCUGAUCGCUAUGAACUCCUAGAGAUGACAAAAACAGAAACUCUGCUAGAACAAAUUAUAAAGCAGGCUCAACAUUAUUUCAUGAGAUUGCGAACCGAAUAUGUUUUAGAUACAAUUGCAAAGGAAGUUAAAGAUCCACUUAUAAGUUCACACUGGAAUACUUUGAAUAGUCCUACUCAAUCAUGCGUUAAAAUAACCAUUUCUACGCAUGGUUAUGACGCAUUAUGUAGGACACCGCUAUUUAUACAUGUCGGAGAAAAGACUUUGAAAUGUAUAUGUAGAGAUGGAAAGGUUAUGCAUAUGAGUUAUGAACCUCAACAGCUCAGGAAUCUCAUUUUUUGUCAUAUGAAUCUACAUCAAAUUUUGGGAGUGCAAGCUCUAGCUAGAACAAUGGGUUGGCAAUCUCUAGCCAACUCUAAUCAUCUAGGAACUGGCGCUGUUGAGCCAUUAGGAAAUGCAAGUUCCUGUCUUUUAGCUUCUCCUACAGGAGACAGAAUCAUAGCUGUAAGAUGUGAGCCCCAGUCAGGAGUACAAGUAUCGGUGGCUCAUUCUCCCCGUACAGACUUUUUCCCAAGCCGUUUAGUCACGGAAAACAAAUGGGAGCACCUUGAAGGGCAAUUCAGAGAUGUGAGAUUGGAGAAAAUGGAAGGAAGGAAUUUCCUUCACAAGAUGGAAUUGCUUAUGGCUAGCUCAACAAGUAGUUCCUAAAUUGAGAAAUAAUUCAAGAAAAGGAAUUUUUAAUAUUAAUGUUAGAUAAGAUUUUAUAUGUAUUUAUUUGUUCAAAUCUAAAAUAAUAAACUCUUUGUUAUAUCA